AUGGCCGAUUGCCGUUUCCAUCUCGGAUACCUCGGCAGCAAAUAUCGCCAUGGUAUUUUGGACGUAUUGGAUUUCAACUUUUGGUGUUCCAGCCACCCUUACUACUGACCGCGGAAGUCAAAUCCAAUCUAGCCUCUUCCGUGAGUUCACUAAACUGCUCGGGUGUGUGCACCUCACAACCACGGCAUACCACCUUGGCGCCAACGACCUCGUGGAGCGUCUACACGGUCAACUCAAGUCCGCACUGAUGUCUCAAACAGAAUCAGCUUCUUGGAGUGACAGUCUCCCUCUUGUGCUUUUGGGCAUCCGAUCUUCCGUCAAGGAGGACAUCCAGUGCACUGCUGCCGAACUUGUGCACGGUACACCCCUCCGUCUGCCCGGCUAAUUUGUGCAGUCUUCCACGACUAACACCAACACCCCAAGCACCUUCGUACAGCAGUUGAAACAACACAUGGCUCAACUGCGUCCAACCCCCACUCGUCUGACAUCGAAACGUGUGCUUGUGCAUGAGCACCUUAAAUCUUCUCUAUUCGUUUUCGUCCGGCAUGACGCGGUUCGCAAGUCUCUUUGUUCCCCGUAUGAUGACCCAUAUAAGGUUCUUCAGCGGAUGGACAAGUAUUACGUCAUUCAGAAGGCUGACAGAACUGACACAGUCUCCAUUGGCAGACUUAAGCCAGCCUAUCUUGAGUGCAUCCCGCCGUCAGUUGUGCCACCAACUUCCUCUGCACCGUCAUCACCCGAUCCACCCGUUUCGGUCCCCUCCACUCAACCACCACCCUCGACAACCCCACCCACCCAUCCUGAUUUUCCUACCACUGCACUGAGCACCUCAUCUCGUUCUGGUAGACAUAUCCAUUUUCCUGCCAAACUCAAAGACCUACUGGCUUAA